AUCAUGCCCCGGGCCCGGGCCGGGGCCGCCCGAGCAGCCAGGACACCAUGCCCGAGGACGGCGGUGGCGACGGCGGGGAGGUGCCCGCGCUCAUCCCGGACGGCGAGCCGCUGCGGGAGGAGCAGCGGCCCCUGAAACAGUCCUUGGGAAGCUCCCUGUGCCGCGAGUCGCACUGGAAGUGCCUGCUCCUCACGCUGCUCAUCCAUGCCUGCGGCGCCGUGGUGGCCUGGUGUCGCCUGGCCACCGUGCCACGGCUGGUCCUGGGGCCGGAGGCAGCCCUGGCCCGCGGGGCUGGGGGCCCGCCGCCCACCUACCCAGCCAGCCCCUGCUCCGAUGGCUACCUGUACAUCCCGCUGGCCUUCGUCUCCCUCCUCUACCUCCUCUACCUGGCUGAGUGCUGGCACUGUCACGUGCGGUCCUGCCAGGCGCCGCGCACCGACGCCAACACAGUGCUCGCCCUGAUCCGCCGGCUGCAGCAGGCGCCGCCGUGCGUCUGGUGGAAGGCCACAAGCUACCACUACGUGCGGCGCACGCGCCAGAUCACGCGCUACCGGAACGGCGACGCCUACACCACCACGCAGGUCUACCACGAGCGGGCCGACAGCCGCACGGCCCGGGGCGAGUUUGACUACUCGGCGCACGGCGUGCGCGAUGUCUCCAAGGAGCUCGUGGGCCUGGCCGACCACGCGGCCACGCGGCUGCGCUUCACCAAAUGCUUCAGCUUCGGCAGCGCCGAGGCCGAGGCUUCGUACCUCACCCAGCGCGCGCGCUUCUUCAGUGCCAACGAGGGCCUGGACGACUACCUGGAGGCCCGGGAGGGCAUGCACCUGAAGGACGUGGACUUCCGCGACUCGCUCAUGGUCUUCGCCGACCCCCGCAGCCCGCCCUGGUACGCGCGCGCCUGGGUCUUCUGGCUCGUGUCGGCGGCCACGCUGUCCUGGCCGCUGCGCGUCGUGGCCGCCUACGGCACGGCCCACGUGCACUACCAGGUGGAGAAGCUUUUCGGCGCCACCUCGCCGCCCCCGGGGGCCGUGCCCAGCGGGCCCCCGCUCUCCCGCGUGGCCACGGUGGACUUCACCGAGCUCGAGUGGCACAUCUGCUCCAACCGGCAGCUGGUGCCCAGCUACUCCGAGGCCGUGGUCAUGGGCGCGGGCUCCGGGGCCUACCUCCGUGGCUGCCAGCGCUGCCGCCGCUCCGUCAGCAGCAACUCGCUGCCCCCCGCCCGGCCCAGCGGGCCCCGCCUGCCCUUCAGCCGCAGCCGCCUCUCCCUGGGGGCUGGGGGCCGGGCCACGCCUGGGGUCUUCCGCAGCCUGAGCGGAGGGCCGCUGGGGCGCCGUGGGGAGGACACGGAGCCCCUGGAAAGCCCGCCGUGCUACGAGGAUGCCCUUUACUUCCCGGUGCUCAUUGUCCACGGUGACAGCGGCUGCCAGGGGGACGGGCAGGGUGCGCUCUGAGCCCCACGUGGCCCCCAGAGUGGCCCCUCCCCACCAUCCCACCAUGGGCUUCCAUGCCUGAGUAAUUGUUGUCCAAAACGGGAGGGAAAACAGACCAGCACACACGGGUGGGGGUGGGGAUGGAGUCCCUUCACAGACUAAAAUGCAGUGACCCGUGGGUCACGUUGGGGGCGAACGGCCACCACUGAGGUUGAGUCUAUGAACUGUCCCAGCAUGGCGCCCCCCCACCCCCGCCACCACCCUGUUCCACCCCCUGCCACGGCAGAUGGUCUAGCUUGGGGGCUUCUCAGGCUGGGCAGGUGAGGAAGUUUCUAGAAAGCCCAAGAUGGGGGAGGAGUCCUGGGGACAGCUGUUGCCUGCAGCAGAGGGCUGUCUGUGGGCUCUUCUCUGCGUGGCUGAGGUCACGUCCGGAGCAACCCUCGAGCAACCCAGAAGCACAAAUUGGUGGUUUGGGGCCACACCCAGCUGGACUGGCCUCCAUGAAGCUGAAGAGCUGGCUAUGGCAGCACCACAGCCUGGGCCCCACUCCCCGCCCCAAGUCCCCAUCUCCUCCCCGACAGGCCCCGCCCUGCCCACCCUCCGGCCUCUGCCCUGGGCCAGUCCCUGAUCAGGCCCUGCGGGGCAGACCUUCUCGGGGAGCCUGGUUCUUGGAGCACAGCCUUGUCCCGCCUCCACUGUUUUCCCUGGUGCACCCUCCCCCCCACGUCCCGCUCCCCCUGUAACCCCGGGGUCCUUCUCAGGGCCCCGCCUCCAUCCCAUCCCGUGGUCCACGUCUGUCGUCUGUCCGUCCGUCCAUCCGCCUCUGUCAGCCACACACACACCCUCUGGGUGUCGUCUGCUCAUCGCUCCCCCGACUUCUCUGCUCUUUACCUUCCUGAUGACCCUCGGGGCCUAGGCCCACAGGGCAUCCGAGGGGCCUCAGCCUCGGCCACAGCCUCUUGGACGAUGCCCUUGCUGUGCGAUGGAGGCCCUGCUUCCUCAUCAGAGGGGCCUGGCCCCGGGGACAUCAUCCCUCCCCAGGGAGG